CCGCCAAACCUUUAAACAACAACAAGGAGCAGCAGCUGCGGCAACAUCCGCAUUAAUUGACAAGAAAGUAUUUUUUUUUAUAUAUAUUCGCUGAAAAUGUCAUUAACUUCAAAGAGGCCGUGUCCCGAUUCAGUGAACGAUUCAAUGAACGUCUCCAUGAACGAUUCAAUGGAGAAGAGGAUACAUCGGAUAUCAAUCGAGGGAAACAUUGCGGCGGGCAAGUCUACCUUUGUGCGCCUUUUGGAGCAGGAGAACGGGGACUGGGAGGUGGUACCAGAGCCAAUCGCCAGAUGGUGCAAUGUCCAAACAAAGGGCAGUGACUUUGAGGAGCUGACCACAUCUCAGAGGAGUGGAGGGAAUGUAUUGCGGAUGAUGUAUGAGAAACCGGAGAGGUGGGCCUACACUUUCCAGAGCUACGCCUGCAUCAGCCGGGUGCGUGCUCAGAUCAGGUCAGCCAACGGGAAGCUCCGAGAGGCUGAGAAUCCUGUGCAGUUCUUCGAGCGGUCCAUCUACAGCGACAGGUACAUCUUUGCAGCCAACCUCUAUGAGAGUGAGUGUCUGAAUGAGACAGAAUGGUCGAUCUACCAGGACUGGCACGGCUGGCUGCACAGCCAGUUUGGCAAGCACAUUGAGCUGGACGGUAUCAUCUACCUCCGAGCUUCCCCGGAGAAAUGUUUAGAGCGGUUGCACCUCAGAGGGAGAGAAGAAGAGCAAGAGAUCCCGCUGGAGUAUCUGGAGAAACUCCACUUUAAGCAUGAGAGCUGGCUGCAGCACAAGACCAUGACCAUGGACUUUGAGUAUCUCAGCGACGUGCCAGUCCUGACAAUAGAUGUAAAUGAAGACUUUAAGGGGAAUAAAAUCAAGAACGCUGACAUGAUUGAGAAGGUGAAAGAGUUCCUGAGCACAUUGUGAAGACCACUUGGAGAUGCAAAAUAUAAAUGGUGCUCAAAGGAAGAAAAGGUGGAUGGGGUGUCUUACUUUUACAAUGAAAUGACUCAACAAUGACUGAUUUUUCUACACUGUAAGACCAUACAAUGAUCUGACCAGUGUUUGUUUUUAAAAAUUUUUAAACUUUAUUAGCAUUUUCUUACAUCUCUUGUGUAUUUAUAAAUGUUCAAUGUGCAAAUGCAA